AUGGCCGAAGCCUUAUCGGCAACAUCAGACGCAACAAAUAGGGACAGGAGUGUUCAGUCAACGCUACUGACUUUUGAGGGGGAUGUAUGGGUCUUGACGGCAGCGCAGCUCAUCGAGGCUAGAAGGAGGAGGCUCAUCGUCCGACUACCGCAUCUUACCGAGGACGAAGUAUCCGAUCGAAACAAGGGAGACUUCCUCCUGAAAUUCCUCGCACUUGUCCAAGUGUCUUGGAUUGUGAUGCAUAUCAUCGCCCGUGCGAUCCUCCAUGUAUCUUCGACUCCGCUCGAGACCAUGACACUGUCCUUCGCCGCCUGCGCGUUCAUUACCUACCUCCUGCUCCUUAAUCAUCCUCAAGAUGUCAACACAUCCAUAUACAUAGACGCGUCCCGUCUAUCAACGGUUGACGAUAUGCGAGAAAUUGCCGACCUCAGCCCAAUGUACUAUUGGCUUUCGACAAGCCGGCUGCCUUGUGUACCUAAUAACGUAGUCCACCAGCCUACGUGGAAGGGUAGAGGAGUAUCAGGAGGCCUUUUUGAUAUCGGUCUCGGUCUGGGAGCAACUGUAUUUGGCGGGGCUCACAUGGUGGCAUGGAACUUUGUCUUUCCUACCGUCAUUGAGCGGACCCUCUGGCGCACGUCGUCGCUUGUUACGCUGCUGAGCCCAUUGGCGAACAUCCUGUCGCCUUGCAAAGCAACACCCUCAUACGACGGUUUCGAGGCAGACAUGUGCAAUACACCAGAGACCGCUGGAUGCUGGCGUUUAUAG